AAAUAAUUUUUGUAUCGUGCUUCGUACUGUCGCUGUGCUUCUGUAAUCUUGUCCGUUGAGUUGAGUUGUGUUCGUGUUUUUUCUUCUUAAUUUUGUUUCUUAUUUCAAAUUAAAAUAAAAUAAAGAACUAAGUGAUUUAGCACAAUUUAAAGAACAAAAAACAGUCUAUUCCAAUUUCCAAAGUUCUUUAGUUUCUGUUUUGUUUUUCUAUUUUACUGCAACAAGUUUUUAUAUUGUUUUUCAAAAUAAUCACUCAUCGUUUUAAGAAGAAAUAAAAGAAUACAAAAAAAACUAAAAAUUAUCGUCGUCGUGUAACCACAUCCACAUUCACUUUGCUUGGUUUACCCUGUGACAUUUAGCAACUUUGUUUCGUCGCAGUCACCGUCGCCAUCGUCAUCUGUUCGUCAGCGCUCCACGCUCGACGCUAGAUGUGUAAUAAAGUUUUUGCACUCCAACUCCACUCUCUGACUGUGACUUCGUGCUAUUUGAUAUUAUUUUGCAUUUAAUGUCUGGCUUUUGUAUUUCUAUUUGUUUUUGUUAAAGUUUAUUGUGAGAAUUAAAAUUACAAAACCAAAAUCUACCAACUUUUAAUGGGGAAUCAUUGUCCCAACAAAAUGCAGUCUUUUGAUGAAUUCUAAUAAGAAGGAUACAGCAACUGAGCAUUGAGCAAGGAAGGAUGAAAAGAGCUUGGAUAUAAUGGGUCAAUAUAAGCCAGAAAUUUUCUGUUAAAGAAAAUUCAAAUAAAUGAAACAGACAUUAAAAUAAAAAAACAAAAAUAUAAUAAAGUUAAAAAAACACACAAAGAAAACAAAUCUCAUUUGAUUAAAACAAAAUUUAAAUCAAAGAUCAAAGAAAUAUUAUAUACAAAAGAAAAAAGUAAAAAAACGAUUAAUAAUUCUCACAUCCAAACAAAAUAUUAUCACAAAAACAAAGCGAACAAAAAACAAAUCAUCACAUCAUCAUUUUAUUAUUAUUAAAUUAAUUCGUUUAUACUUGUUUAUAUAUAAAUAUAAAUAUAUACAAAAAAAAACAACAAAGCAAAAUAUAUACACGCAUUCAUCACUUAGCAUGUAACUUAAACAAAACAAAAAUCUGCUUACAUCAUUUGUAAAAUCAAUUGUCCUUAUAAAAGCACACUCCUCCGCAGUAUUAAAUGUUGUUUUGUAUUUGAAAAAAGCUGAAUUGAACAAAUUAUUUAAAAAAAAACAACCAAAUAUAACGGAGAGUAAGGAUAAGCGGUAGGAGCUUUCCUAUACUUCCAGUAAUUUUCAUCAGAUGGCUCAUGUUGUUGGUGUGCCCAAGCGCGAUCCCUGUCAAAAAUGUGGUCUUCCUGUGUUUCUUGCCGAGCGUUUAACGGUCGGCAAAAGAGUCUACCAUAGAACUUGCUUGAAGUGUGCCCGGUGUAGCUUUCAACUUACACCGGGUAGUUUCUAUGAAACCGAAGUUGAUGGGGAGUACUGUUGUGAAACAUGUCCAGACGAAGAACCCAGUCUUGAAGUCGAAUCGGCAGAUAUCCUGCGAAAUCCAACAGCAGCAGGUGCUGAUUUGAAUAUCGCAGCAAGACCAAAAAGUCGAAUUGCCGAUCGAUUAGCAUUCUUCGAAAGAACCAAGGCAGAGGAGUCGGCUGCCAUUAGUAGUAGUAGUAGUAAGGUUUUGCAAAAGAGUCUCAGUGAUGAAGAGAAAAGUAAGAGCUUGAAGAAAAUCAGUGGAGAAGCAGCAGCAUCUGCGUCACCCUACAAAAUGAAUACUGCACUCAGUAAUUUUAUGAAUUCUACACUUGAUGAUGAGAUCGAUGCAGGUGAAGUUGAGACAAACGACAAUAGUCUCAAUUCAGGGCAAAUGGAUACAUCGGAAAGUAUUGAUAUCAGUAGUGAUUCUGAAGAUGAUGAAUCUGAGGAGAAACCACCAGAGCUCCCGAAAUCUCUUCCACCAGAUGAAGAUAAAAUCUCGACAUUACCCAGAGAGCAGGUUUCUGAAAAUGAUCAAAUGAAACCUCUCAAAUCUGAAAUGAGUAUACAAUUAAUGCAAAAACUGGAAGAACCACUUACUAUGAAAAAUGAAAUCACUCUCGAGACAGGCGACGCAUCCCUUGAUGAGGACGCCCAACGCAAUGAUGAUCAUGCAGAAGUAGAAGAAUCCCUAUCAAUUACAUCAAUUAAAAUUACAAGACCAGCAGAUGAUCUUAAUCUAAGUAAAUCUAAUUUUGUUACCAAAGAUAAUACCGAACCUGAUGAGCAGAUGAGAACAACAAAUGCGACAAUAGUUGUGAAACCACCUACAUUGCCGCCGCCAAAGGACGAAAAAGAAAAACCAAAAGAAUCCAUUGCUAAGGGUCCAGCAGAAGUUGUAGUCGAUGAUAAAAAAAGAAUUGAAAAAGAACUCGAAGAAGAUAAGUCAAUUUUGCGUCAACGACCAGUGACACUGGACAUAAAAACCAAUUGCAAUAGUGACAUGACGGCUGCACAUGAGGAUGAAGAGACAGCAAAUCGCUUAAGUGUGGUGCGUGCUCGUCUACAUCAAUUCGAAGUAAUUGCAAAUAAUAAAAACCCUAAUGAUAAUGUUAUGAAUAAAACCCCAGAGAACACCUCUAGAAUUAACAGUAGUAGUAUUAAGUCAGAUAGUAUUAAGUCAAUUGUCUCAGAACAACAACACUCGAAGGAUGAGGAGGAAAUGGCCAAAGAGACUAUUUCACCCACAUCAGAAGCCAAUUCCUCAGUAGAUGUUGUUGUCAAAGAAGAAAUUAAACAUAUGGAAUCAGACGAAGUGCCUAAAAUAGAUGAAAAAGUUGAAGAAAUUAAAGAAAUUGAAAUUAGUGUAACCACUGAAGAAAUAACCGAAAAGCUAGAAAAGAAUGAAGAUGAAGCUGUGUCACAAGCUAAAAUCGACACAACCAUCGAGGCAAGUCCUGAAGAUUCCCAGGAUGCGAGUCUCAAAAAAGUUAUUCCAGUUGGAAUCGAAGUAGAUAACGAUGAAGAUGAAAAAAUUAAGAAAAAAGUUGCAAUCGAAGAGGAAAAAAAACCAAAUCAAGAAAUAGAAAAACCACCCAAACCAUUUACAUCUCCGGCUAAAGUCAAUCUUGAGUUAUAUCCCGAAGAAUUGAAUCCAUUUAAAAGUGACGAUGAAGACGAAGAUAUUGCCCCUUUGCCUGUUGUUACUCCAGUGAAACCUGUAACACCUUUGCCACGAAAAUCCUUACAGCAAUCUCCGGCAACAACAAGUGCCAAGAAGGAAGACAAAGAUCGAAGUCUGAAUCCGUUUGAUAGUUCCGAUGAUGAAGUUGAGAUGGAGAAAAAAGUCAAGCCACCACGUCCACCACCACCAAAGAUCUCUAAGAAUCCUUUUGGCAGUGAAUCUGAUGAUGUUGGCGAUGAGAAUUGCAGCAAAUCGGGUAAUAUUGAUAAACAAUAUCCCGUCCCUAAACCUCGGACUACUUUAUCACAGUCACAGAAUCAGACACCUGAGGCGACACCACGUCUAAGCGGCAAACACUCAACAUCUAACCAACAUGUAUCGCCGUUGAACAAUUUAGAUGACUUCUAUGGAAGCAAUUCGUCGCUGGGCAGUACUCCGUAUAGCCUGCAAAGAAAUUCAGGUGUCCGAGGAUCGAAUAUCUCGCUGACUUCGUCCACUGGAACAAUUCGUUCAAGGAAGCAACAUAGAGCACCAGCUCCACCCUUGCCCGUCAAGGAACUGUUCCCGUCCACAGAAACGCUCGAUAGCAAAAAGUCAUCGCCCAGUUCGAGUAAUUCAGCUACGCCCAAUCAGCGUCGCAAGAAACGUCCGGCACCAGCGCCUCCGAAGCCUGCAAGACUGCUAGAUCCAGCUGUAGUCUUAACAUCGAAAGUAGACCAAUUGACCGGUUCAAAAAACUCGCUUAAUUACCCUCUGCAGAGUGAUCUUGAUAAGUUAUCCGACGAAGAGAAAGCUUUGUUGGAGGGUAAUCGCUUGGCGCACGAUGCCAGCGACGAAGAAAAACAUCAUCAUCAAUCAGAUGAAUACAUAGAACCUAAGAAUAUAGUCCAAAAAUUGAUUCCGUUGGACAUAAGUUUACUUGCGGACGCCAACGAUAGUUUGGUUAAGCAAAAGGAGGAGGACAAUGUUGUCUAUCGACGGACAAUCAUUCCCAAAAAUAUCGUGACGACACCAACCCACGAUGAAUCACCCAUCGUUGUUUCCCACGAUCGGCAGUUGGAGAAAAUGAAAGACAACAAAGAGGCACAGAACCGCAAUCGCCAGAGUCAAGUGUCAUCCGGUGCAGAAGACACCGAUCCGCUCUAUAAUAAAUCAUCGCAUGGGAAGUGGAAGCGACGUAAAGGUCCAGCGCCGGCGCUGCCAAUCCCACAAAGAAAAGUCUUACAAAUGCUCCCACUGCAGGAGAUUCGUCAUGAAUUGGAUAUCAUUGAAGUCCAACAACAGGGUCUGGAGAAACAGGGUGUCAUAUUGGAGAAAAUGAUUCGUGAUAGGUGCGAGGGCAAAAAUGGUGAAUUGAAUGCAGGUGCAGAAGAAACAACCGAUUCAUCUGGACAUCCACAAAAUUCUAAAGAAGUCGAAGAUUUGAUAUUGCAGUUAUUUGAGUUGGUCAAUGAGAAGAACGAAUUGUUUCGGCGGCAAGCAGAGCUUAUGUAUUUACGUCGUCAACAUCGUUUGGAACAAGAACAAGCUGAUUUGGAAUAUGAAAUUCGUGUUUUGAUGGCACAGCCAGAGAGAAACAAGACCGAUACGGAUAAAGCACGCGAAGAGGCAUUAAUCGCAAGAAUGGUGGAGGUCGUACAGCUACGUAAUGAAGUUGUCGAGUGUCUUGAAAUGGACCGACUGCGGGAAGCAGAGGAGGAUUUGAGCAUCAAACAGAGACUAGAACUGCAUUCGGCGAAACGCGAAGAAGAGUCCAAUCGCAAUACUUUGAGUAAACUCUCUAAAAAGGAAAAGAAGAAACAAAAAGAGAGUAAAAAAUUUGGUAAAAGCAAAAAGCUUGAUGCAGAUAAGGAUGCCGAUGAAUCCGAACUUGGCACUGAAAAACAAAAACCCAAGAAGAAAAAGAAAAAGUUCCUGUUUUAGAAUCUUAGCCAAUAUGGAAUUCGAUAUUAAAAAUCUUUGGACUGAA